AUGUAUGUGUAUGUGUGGUGUGUGUCGACUGUCGGAUUCUCUUUCUCGAUGCGGAUACGUCGCGUCGUGCACUUUAAACGAGGUAUACAUAUACACGCCCGAGUUCCAGGAAGCGCGUAAAAGAGGAAUACUUCGUCGAGCGAUGCACGUGAGAAGAAAGGAAGAAGAAGGAGAGAAAACGCGUUGUCGAAGGGAACACAAGUGAAUCUGUAAUUGACCGUACAUAUGUAUUGGCGCGACGUAGGGAGAGAGAGAGAGAAAGCGUGAGAGAGACAGACAGAGCGCGCGCGAGAAAGAGAGAGAGAGAGAAAGAGAAAAAAAGAGGAGGGGGGGGGGAAAAAGAACAGGUUACAAGGCAAGCGGGCGCCAUUCGGAAGUAACAGUGUCAAAGCACUCGUCGCAGGCACCGUUUGCGAGUUCUUUUAGCGGCGCGCACGGCAUUCUAGGACGGGUGCGAUGGGACGUGCGAGCGCGCAUGUCAUCGUCAGCAGCGUGCGUCAACGUGUGUGAAGAGAGUGGCCCUGCAGAGCGGUGCGGAGAGUGCGAACGCGAACGGGGGAGAAGUCCAGACGGACGGAGUCCUCGUUUUGUCCGCCCGUUGGGACGUGCGAGCGCUAAACUCGGGGCUCUCUCGCCUACAGUCUCCGUCCAACUAGCCGAGCGUACGGGCGCGCCUUCUCGCACUCGUGCGCCUUCGCUUCGUGGCGUGUGAGCGAGCGCCGAGCCGCCGACCGCUGGCUGCUCGAUUCUCCGCCUGCUCGCUAUAGCGGAGAGUUUUCACUGCGACACGCGCGUAUACAUCCCGCGUACGUGUGUGCGAGAGAUUCAUAUACGCUAGAACGUCAAAGAGAGGAGAGAGAGAGAGAGAGAGACACGGACGCGACCGGCCCACCGUAUAUACGUGCCGGAGGCGAAUCGGGGAUUCCAAGGGAGAGCGUAAAAAAAAAAGAAAAAUCAUUCCUAUAAAUAAUGAAGAGAUCCGCGGUGGACACGAAGUGAUCGGUCGCGAAUUUUUCCGUGUUGUACAUCUUUACGGGGAAGAUAGAGAAGUGGAGAAGGUGGCGGAACGGAAGAAGAAGAAGAGGAGGAGGAGGCAGAGCGAGAGAGACAGACAGAUUAGGUUAGGUUGAACUCACGUUCCCCCCCCCGCCUCCCAUUCCUCCUCUGCGGCACCAGGGCGCUCCAUCUCACUUCGAUAUGCAUGCCCGUUUCCAUCUGACUUGUGCACGCCUGAGGGACGAGGUACACGGCAUGACAGAGAGAGAAGAGAGGAGACCGAGGAAAGAGGGCGAGGAUAGUGCGCGACUGUGGGAUCCGAGGAAAAGCGGUAGAAAAAUACAAAUGCCGAUCGCCGAUGGAAUUUUGGUCGCUGAAUCGACUGCGGCAACCCACCACGAUUCCUUCCUCAAAGCUGCCAUGUUACGCUUCAUCGAGAGAUUUUCAGGGAAGCGGCGGCACGUGCGCCGGAGUUUGGUCCCAGGUGGUGUCGCCCGCGCUGCCGAGGAAACGCAAGAAGGAGAGGUCAACGAUAGGGGAUGCCGCGAGGCGAGCGAGAUAUCAGUGGAGGAGAUUAGCUCGUCGGUAGUGAGGAACGAAGUUCCCUGCGACGACAGCGGAGUCGCCGGUCGCCACUAUCAUUCGCCGCCUUAUCACUGUCAUCUCCAUUAUCGUAGUCAUCGUCAUUCAUCGUCGCGUCAACGAUACCACCAUCGAAGGGACAUCGAUGACGUGGGUAGCGACGGCGAAGGCAACGAUAGCGGCGACGAAGACGGUGGUGGCGACGACGACAGAAACAAGGCUGUCGAGAACAACGAGAACGAUACCGAUGACGAUGACGACAACGACGAAGAGGAGGAGGACGAUAAGAUGUGCCUCGACCGUCUCCAUCCUCGGCUUCAUCGGUUCUACGAUCGGCGGUCUCGCGGAAGCGGCGACGUUGACACCGAAGUCGAGGUCCAUCGAACCGAGACGACCACCGUCCAUCCUCUCGCACGAACCUCGCCUAUCGCGACCACCGCCGUCGCUAACCCCUCUGUCGUCACUGCCAUGGCGAGAGGAUGCAAAAUUCCGCCUUACCUCACGACUAUACUACUUCUUUUCUAUACUCUCUUCGGUAUAGCAGACGCUUGCUCGUCACGUUCAACGCCAAAACCAAGGCCGCCGACGCCGACGGAUCGGCCGAAUAUCACAUUCCACAUGUACACGUGUCCACCGGAUUAUGCAGAGUGGUAUUGCUUGAAUGGCGCCACGUGUUUCACCGUAAAAAUUGUCGACUCUCUUCUAUACAACUGUCUAUGCGCCAAUGGAUACAUCGGACAAAGAUGCGAAUUUAAAGAUUUAGAUGGUUCCUAUUUACCUUCACGGCAACGAGUACUGUUGGAGACAGCCAGCAUCGCCAGUGGUGCCACAAUAGCAGUAGUCCUCGUCGUUAUCAUUUGUAUAACGGCUUAUAUUCAUUGUAAGCGAAAACAGAAGGAAUUACGGUCGAGCAAUAACUGCGUCGAUACGGUGGAUGGUCCUGGCCGAGAUCCGGAGCUGAGGCCGUUUAGCAACCGCAGCCGCUCUCUUAUGAUCUUCAUGGCCAAGAAUUCUAAUAGCUCGGCGACGAUAGAACAAACGAGAAUGCCCAAUUGGAAUUGUCCGGAAACGGAAUCGAUGAGGAUGGCAUCCAUCAGCGAGAACAAGUCCUCGAGCCAAUAGCGAACUACGUGACGCGUCGUCCAUAUACAACGUUUUGCCGCGAGGACUCGUUAUCGACGAUACUCGAGACGAACGAAAAAUCGUCGAAUAAACUACUCCAUUAGUUGAAGGUAGUUCGAGAUAUCUCGAGACAGCAGCGGCCUUUAGUAGCCUUUAUUAGUGAACUUGUUGGGAAUAAUUCCAUUAUUUCAUUCAGCGAGUGAUUGACUAUCCUAACGCGUUGCUGAAAAAACGAACACAAAUCAAGUACGUUAACCAUUCAGUACGUACCAUUUCUAAGCUGAUGACACAACAAUGUCAACUCUUUUCGAUUAUUAUAUCGUAAUCAAGACAUUCCCGUAUUGUCGCACUCAUGUCCUCCGCUUGAUCGAAGGGACGUUUAAUGCUUGUCGAUUAUCGUGUAUUCCUUCUAACGAACAUCUUGAUUCACGAAGAAUCUUUCGUCCAAAGGUCUAAAAAUGGAAUAGGACUUUGCAUGAGUAAUGUGAAAAUGAAACAGUUCUGUAAAUUCUUCUGUGAAAGUAACGGAUUCGCGACCAUUGAAUGUUAAUUUUUAUGGAAACGUUUGUAUAGUAUCGCGUCUUAUUGUCAUCACUCAUCAACGAAUAAAAAAGAAAGAAAAA